CGACUAUCAAGAUGUCCCCCCGCCAGCCCUACACAGCCGAGGAUAUUAUUGAUGAUGUACUCCAAGGGCUAGCAUCGCUUAAAGCAUUUUUCGCUUAUGAUAAAACCGGGUUAGUCUUACACAUGGCCCGUGCAGCAAAGGAGAAUCCGAGACUGGGCUUGGAGGUGGGUCAGAAGGGGAAGCAUCCUACGUUGGGGGAUCUCUUCAUCCGUCUCCUGACGUGCAUUUGUUGGGCCCAGAGGCUACAGCAAUUCAAUACAGUACCAUUUAGGUCGACAAACAAAACCGGCCGUAUUGGACUUGCGGCUUCUCUUUCUCGCCGUUAUGGUCUUGAGCCCAAUCAUGUGAUCAGAAAUAGUUUCCGUUGUGGACGACAACUCCAAAAAAUUGAAACGCGCGUCGGAGUGGAAAAUUGUUCAAUAGUCCUCCUACCGUCCCUGCCAAAGCUCCUAUGGCUCUCUGAUAAGGAGAUCCUUCGAUUAAUAGAUCUCUUGUCAAGCAGCUUUAUGUCAACCCUUAACGACAAUAGACGUUUAAUAGAAGAAUUCCGCGAGUACCGACGGCUUUACAACACUGUCAGCAUAUAG